UCUGCCCCGGGGCCGAGCGCAGCCCCAGCCCGGAGCCCAGCCCCCUGUCCCAGCCCUCCCGGCCAGUUCCCCAAGCCCAGCCCUGCUCUGGAGUCCAGAAGCCCAGAUCUGAGACCCAGCCCUGCUCUAGAGCCCAGCCCAGCUCAGAGUCCAAGCCCAGAUCUGAGACUGGUAUCACCUCUAGAACCCACACCAGUUUUGAGACUGAGCCCAGCCCUGAGACUCGGCCAUGCUCUAGAACCCAGCUCAGCUCGGAGACCAAGCCCAGAUCUGAGACCAAAUUCACCUCUAGAACCCAUACUAGUUUUGAGACCAAGAGCAGCCCUGAGACCCAGCCCUGCUCUAGAACCCAGCCCAGCUCAGAGACCAAGCCCAGGUCUGAGACCCAGCCCUCCCCUAGAACCCAGUUCAGCUCGGAGACCAAGCUCCCCUCUAGAGCCAAGGCCAGCUCUGAGACCACGUUCACCUCUAGAACCCAUACCAGUUUUGAGACCAAGCCCAGCUCUGAGACCAAGCCCUGCUCUGGAACCCAGGACAGCUCUGAGGCCCAGUUCAUCACUAGAACCCAAGCCAGUUCUGAGAUGCAACCCAGCUCCAGAACCCAGUUCUCCUCUAGAACCCAGGACAGCUCAGAGACCAAGCCCAGAUCUGAGACCCAGCCCUGCUCUAGAACCCAGCUCAGCUCGGAGACCAAGCUCCCCUCUAGAGCCAAGGCCAGCUCUGAGACCACGUUCACCUCUAGAACCCAUACCAGUUUUGAGACCAAGCCCAGCUCUGAGACCAAGCCCUGCUCUGGAACCCAGGCCAGCUCUGAGGCCCAGUUCAUCACUAGAACCCAAGCCAGUUCUGAGAUGCAACCCAGCUCCAGAACCCAGCUCUCCUCUAGAACCCAGGACAGCUCUGAGGCUAAGCUGAGCUCUGAUAUAAAGUCAAGUUUGGGA